AUGUGGACUACCAACACCAACUGGCUCAAUCACAGCAUUGAUGAGUGUGACUGGUUCAAACAGUCAUCCUUCUCUCUUCGAGACUUUCAAUCCAAAUUCAUCCCAGGAUACUUCUCCGAAUUCCAGAAUCUUUCGGGUGCUCCCUCUUGUCACAAUGACACGGGCUUGUACAUGCAUCUAUGGCUUGACCAAAAUGACCUAGAGGGCUCUAUCCCUGAAGAGUUGUUUCUCUUGACUCUCCUUGAAACUCUCUCCAUCGGGAGAAAUAGGAUUGAAGGAACCAUCUCAAGAAGAGUGGGACAGCUGACAAACUUGCAAGGAUUGGUCAUUAAUGGGCACACCAAAGCUGGGACCAUACCCACAGAAAUUGGAUUGCUAACCAAAAUCAAUCCCAACAUGAAAGGCACCAUUCCAUCGGAAAUUGCUGUGAUGUCCAACCUUAGAUGGCUCAGUAUGGAUGACUGCCAAUACUCCGGCACAAUACCCUCAGAGGUGGGGGAACUGCAACAUCUGGAAUGGUUGACUUUAUUCAACAACAAUUUUUUCCGGACAGCUUUCUAG